UGGGAAGUUGAGGCGGUAAGGAGUUAACUCAGGGGAGCGGGCAUCAGAGACGUUUACACACACACACACUCACACACACACACACGCUGGAGCUUUCACGCUAUUCCCUCACACACCAUCCAGGUACGUUAUAAUCACUUUAUAAUGCUUACAGAAGGUAUCGAUUUGUCAGGGAAAGCAGUAAACUCCACUAUACUCUCUGGACUGACAUUACAGCGAUAAGUCUCGGCACUGCAGAUGUAACAUUAGCUAGCUGGCUAAUCCUCUAACCUGAAAUGUUUAGUGUUUUGUUUUGGACAUAAACUCGUGAGGUGACGCGUAGAAAACACGUCGAAGACCUGCUCAAGCUUAAGCUACUUUACUACACGGAUGAAAACAACAAGAGGAUUUAAGCGUCCGUCUGUCAGUCGCUAAACUAGCUGGCUGAAACUAGCUAGCCGAGUCAGAAAUAUUGGCCUACGCUGAAAGACCUUAAGCUCUAACUCUUAGCUCCGAAUAAAGCCCUGCUGGACACACUGAAACCGUUGGACCUGCGGCCCGCUUGUAGGACGACGAGAGGAGAGAGGGGGGGGGAAAGGGGGGGAGCCGUUCCGGAAAUGCUCAUAAACUCCAUUCUUUUUUGUUUCCCGUAAAACAAAGAGAGGCCUGAUGGCUCGCAAAACAGAGCUAGAAUGCUUUUGGACUCGCACGGGCACCAUGACGUACGCACUCGCCCCAGUGGAGACACACACAGGCGAGGGAGUCGCGUGCGUACGUACAGCCCUCUGAAGGACUCCGGACCUCGCCGUCUUCAUAUGGAUACUGACGUACUCGAGCGCUCGCGAUAUUUCUAUACAAAGAGACCAUUUUUUGUUUUUUCCCCCAGAAGUAUGAGCUGUCAUUUAGGCCAGAAGACCACAAGAGCUCCAUUUCCGUCCGUGUUCAUAAUUACGGUCUUUUAUUAGACGGACCGUCCCAGCGGGGCGCCGGGGCUCCUGCAGAGUCUGUGGCAGAUUUUUCAUUCCAUUGUUUCCUUUUCUGUUCAACUCAUUAUUUCCACGCACGCACGCACCCCUCCGUCGUUCCUACCUCGCGUUCGACUCGUGCGUUCGCGUUCGCAUUCCCUCGUAACUUGAGUACUUAGAACCGUAUGCCUUGUUCUUGAGAAAGAGUACUGUAAAGUCAGUUAACUGAGCUUCCUGCAUCAGCGGCUGCUUUGAUUCAGCCUCUCCUUUACUCGCUGAAACACAGGGCUUAGAAACGAUUUGCACUAAAAGAGCUUUCACUCGAAUAUUAUUAUUAUUAUUAUUAUUAUUAUUAUUAUUGUUUUUCUUUCUUUUUUCCAAAUCGUAUCACAUUCAAGCCAUAUACGUAUAUGUAUAUUUUCGGAGGAAAAUGUCAAUCUAUUUUUAUCACGGUUUCGUUAGAUCAUAAAUUGUGUAUGUAUUUUUUUAUGUAUAAGCACACCUGCACUGUGUUCGUCUGUGCGAGUGUUCACGAAAUGGUUCUGGAUGCGUGCACCUUGAAUUUUUGAAGCUUUAAAUUUUUUAUGAUGUUGUUAUUCCUGUUGUUUUCCACCUGAAGUUACUAUAAAAGUUGCUUUUACAAUGACGACACUUUCCUCCUGUAGCCCGGCAAGCGGACCACGAACGCUCGUUUUCUGACCCCUCCCACCCGCUUUUAGCUUUCCAUUUUCUCCCCAAUGCCUGUGGGUCUCGGUGUGGGCGGGGCUCUUGGAGACCCCUCCCCUUCCCGGCGCUUUCGUCCCAGUCGCUAUGUGCCCGUAUCCGCGGCGACAGUCUUCCUCGUUGGGGCUACGACGCUUUUCCUGUGCUUCACUUGUCCUUGGCUGGCCGAACGUUUCUCUUCUUCCAUUCCUGUCUACAACGCCGUGGUCUUCCUCUUCACCCUGGCCAACUUUUGCAUGGCUACGUUUAUGGACCCAGGCAUCUUCCCCAGAGCGGAGGAGGACGAAGAUAAGGAGGAUGAUUUCCGGGCUCCUCUCUAUAAGACAGUGGAGGUGAGGGGCAUUCAGGUGCGCAUGAAAUGGUGUUCCACGUGCCGCUUCUACAGACCGCCCCGAUGCUCACACUGCUCCGUGUGUGACAACUGUGUCGAGGAGUUUGACCAUCACUGUCCGUGGGUGAAUAACUGCAUCGGGAGGCGGAACUAUCGCUAUUUCUUCCUGUUCCUUUUAUCUCUCACUGCACACAUAAUGGGAGUGUUUGGAUUCAGCUUGCUGUACAUCCUGUAUCACACCGAACAGCUGGAUGAAGUGCACUCUGGAGUUACUAUGGCAGUGAUGUGUAUCGCAGGUCUGUUCUUUAUCCCAGUAGCAGGACUCACUGGCUUCCACAUUGUGCUGGUAGCCAGAGGAAGAACAACAAACGAGCAGGUUACAGGGAAGUUCAGAGGGGGCGUUAACCCAUUCACACACGGAUGUUGUAAAAACAUCUCGCAUGUGCUCUGUAGCUCCCAAGCUCCAAGGUACCUCGGGAGGUUGAGGGAAUCCCAGGCCCUUCAGGUUCAGCCUCCAUUUCUGCGGCCUCAACUUUCCGAAGCACAGCUCGCUGCUAAAGUCCUGGACAACGGGAUCCAACAGUCUAAGAGCAGUCUGGAGGCCAUGGAAAGUCAGUCUACAGACAUUGAGGCGCCUCCACCUCCCAAACCAGAGCACAGAUACCAAGGGCUGCCUCACACACACAACGAAGAGAGCAGUCUCCUGAGUGAAGCUCCACCCACACCUGCAUUAUAUAAAUAUCGGCCGUCCUAUAGCAGUCCGGGAAAAAACCACACGAAUUCCACACACAAGAUGAAUCGGGGGGACAGUGUGACAGAGUCGCCCUCCGUCCCCUUGUCAACCGGGCACGCCAGCUAUCGCUCGGAGCCCAGUCUUUCGGGCCGGGGGAUUGCUGGGUGGCGACCAGGAGGGGGAGGGGAGGGAGGCAGAGCAGGCUCGGGGGGACUGGGUGGGCCCUCUGCUCUCGGAGGGCGGUCUUAUCCUUCCUUCACUGACACGCUCCUACACUCUGCGGUGGUUUCGUGCUCCUCCAGCAUCCGCUCUGCUCAGACCCACAAUGCACUGGGGCCACUGCUGUCUGAGGGCACGACCUCUACCAGCUAUAAAAGCUUGGCCAAUCAGACACGGAACGGCAGCCUGUCCUACGACAGUCUCCUGACGCCCUCGGAGAGUCCGGAGUUCGAAUCGGCCGCUCCCGAGCUGUCCCCGCCCAGGCCGGCACCCCCGCGCUCGCUCGGUUCUACUCCUGCAGCUCCGCCCCUCAUGGGUUAUACCUCACCGUUCUUGUCUGCUCAGCAGAGGGAGGGCUCGCUCCAAGCCUGCCCUGCUCCUCUGAGACCCUCCCCCAACAGACCUUUCCUGCGCCCCACGAGCCCGCCCCCUUCCCGAGCUCCGCCCCUGUCUCCUCGCGCUUGCUCUUUGGGUUCACCGUCUCCUGGCCCCGCCCCAGGAAUCACGCCUUUGGGCAAAUCGUUAUCCUACACAGGUGGAGCGGAGUUACGGCAAUGCCCAAAUAACACAGGGGGUGGGACUUCCACGUCAAACUCUAGGCAGAGACUGACCAAUCACAGCACCCACGCGCACAAACCAAGCGGUGGCGUGAAGAAAGUGAGCGGCGUCGGAGGAACAACCUAUGAGAUUUCAGUAUGAGUGUUUCGUUUUUGUUUUGUUUUUUUAAACGACACACAGGAUUCACUCGCGUCUUCUGUCACGAGGACGACCAGAGAGCAGAUCAUCCAUGUAAGCAAAAAAAUAGUAAAUAAAAAUCUAAAUACAAAGACGACACGAAGGAAGAAGGGGGAAAAAAAAAAGAUCGGAAAACAAAUAAACUCAUCGUUGAUCCAGCUUUGGAGGAAGAACGCUUAAAACGUGGAUUAGUGAAUAAAGAGCCUGGCUCGAGUUUCUGAGACUUGCGUAUAAUGCUACAUGAAUGUCCAUGUUUUUUUUUGUUUUUUUUUAAACAUAUUUAAAGAGUCGUUUAACAUCCACGAAGGCUGUUCAAUCCAGACCGGAGUUGCUAACCUUGCUGUACGAACGAUCGCUCACAGACUCCAGUGGAAAUCAAAAUCACAAGUUGUUUUCCCUUCGUACUCUGGACUUUAAUUUUCUUUGUAUUUUUUUAUUUUAUUUUUGUUUCUUCUCCUAAUUUUAUUUUAUACAGGUACUGAUACAGUAUAUUGUAAGAUUUAUUGAAUAUGAAAUAGGAAUGCCAAUAAUAGUAGCACGUAGGCACUGCUUUUUUUUUUUUUUUUUUUUUUUUUUUUUUUUGCUGUUGGAUAUAAUAGACGGCUGCAUCAGCCAAUCAGAACCCGAGUUCACAGCCAAAGAGACAAGUGUAGUCAGGGACGUGCUUUUGACAGACAGCACACUGGGCAAAUACAAGUGAAUGUAACAUCUGAAUUAUUUACAGCACAAAAUGUUUUGUGAUGGGGGGGAAAAAAACCAUCUGGAUGCUGUACGAGAUAUUUUGUGCAAGAUAAAAGGUUCCUUUUGGUUCUUAUUUGUCUUAUCAAUCAGGAAGGAGCCAUUUCAAAAUCGUUUGCCAGAGUAGAGCGCUCUGGUCCCGAGUUCAUACAUGCUGGGUGCCCAGUACGCCACUGAGACGGGGGAACGCUUCAUGUUCUUAUUUUAUAGUGAGUGGUUACAGUUCAGAGCUGGAGUAUGAGAUGUUUUCUGACCAUCAUCACUUUGAGGUUUGCAAGCUGAAUUGCUCUGUGUGUGUGUGUGUGUGUGUGUGUGUGUGUGAGUGAGUGAAUGAGCAUGAGAAAAUAGCAGAGAAACAAUUGUUGAUGUCUCAAACUAUUCUACUAGAGCACAUUCCAGCUUUGAAUCUCUUCAGAGACUCUGCUAAGUGUGUGUGUGUGUGUGUGUGUGUGUGUGUGAGCGAGAGGCGAAAACAGGACAUGUAAGCGUGACAUUUAAUUUUAGCUUUGAGGUCUGAAGACCAGUGACCGGUCAGUGUAACGUAAACGAGCUUAUGCAGUGACACACACAAGUAUUUUUUACUAAAAACCUUUUCUCAUUUCCACCAUGGCCUUAUGAAGCCUUUUUAACUGUACUUUAUCUGCACGAUUUAACAGGACAAGAGGAUUAAGUUCAAACGGUGGAGGGUUUUUUUUCUUCUUUUUCUACCUGUCCUUAUUCCUUUAAUGCGGGUGACACUGGCUCACGUGAGCCGACACAUUUCCAACAGAACAAUAAAUAAUAUUGCUACACUGAAA